CCCCGCUCUCCAAAUUCUCCAGCCUACUCCCCUACACCUCCCCCUUCCCUGUUUGGCUCCACCUCGUUCUCUCCCCCCAGCUCUCCGCCUAUCCCCUCCACUCCCCGCCUUCCACCCUCUUCCUCUCUCUCUCUCGCUGCCGCCUGAACUGAAGCGAACUCCACAAGAGGGAGAAGCGGGUUGAAGCAGCAUACAGCACGGGUAGGGCAGGAAGGAAAACGGAUUCACUGUGCCUGGUCCAUACGUAGCUACAUAUUCUCAGACACCCGCCAACGUUUGCUUUACAAACGGGAAACCCAGGCAGCCUGGGGCGGAGCGGAGAGGCGAAGGAGGAGGCGGCCGGGACCCGAGUAAGCAGACUAUAGCCAAGCGCUCUCCCCUCUCCGCCGCAUCCCAGACCUUUGUAAGGAGGGGAGAUCCGGACAAGUACUAGCGACAGGAGUCGGAGGGAAAGGCUUUCUCAUAUAUUUGUGUUCGGCUUUUGUUGUUCCCUAUCUUCUCUGUCCUCGCAGCCUCAUCUCCAGAGCCAGAGACUUUGCGAUAGUCGGUGUAUAUCUGUAUUUCUACGACGGGAUCCUUCGCUGCGAAAGGGAUUCCCACGGACAAUUCGCCCGAUAUCCGGCCGCAGCCACAUUAAACCCGAUUUCAGCGCCUGCUUCUUUUCCCACCUCCUUUCUACAUGUUUUUUGGACACGCAGGGGGCGACAUAAGGAACAGUGCGGCUCCUGCAUUUGGGCUGUUAGAUUGGAAUAUGGUUGGGGAAAUGGAAACAAAGGAGAAGCCGAAGCCGACUCCAGACUAUCUAAUGCAACUAAUGAACGACAAGAAGCUGAUGAGCAGCCUGCCGAACUUCUGCGGGAUAUUUACCCACCUAGAGAGACUCUUGGAUGAAGAAAUCAGCAGAGUACGGAAAGAUAUGUACAAUGAUACUUUGAAUGGAAGCAACAAUGAAAAAAGAACCUCUGAACUUCCUGAUGGUAUUGGACCUAUUGUACAAUUGCAAGAAAAACUUUAUGUGCCUGUAAAAGAAUAUCCAGAUUUCAAUUUUGUUGGACGUAUUCUGGGACCCAGAGGACUCACAGCUAAACAACUAGAAGCAGAAACAGGGUGUAAAAUUAUGGUCCGAGGCAAGGGCUCCAUGAGGGACAAAAAGAAGGCUGUUACCAAUAUACUGGAGUGCAGUAUAUUGGCACUGAACAAGGAGGAACAAAACAGAGGCAAGCCUAACUGGGAGCAUCUAAAUGAAGAUCUGCAUGUAUUGAUAACAGUUGAAGAUGCACAAAACAGAGCAGAAAUUAAGUUAAAAAGAGCAGUGGAAGAGGUUAAGAAGCUGUUGGUCCCAGCAGCAGAAGGAGAAGACAGCCUAAAAAAAAUGCAGUUGAUGGAACUGGCUAUCCUUAAUGGCACCUACAGGGAUGCCAACCUAAAAUCACCAGCCCUUGCCUUUUCUCUUGCAGCGACAGCUCAGGCCCCCCGGAUUAUAACUGGGCCUGCGCCUGUUCUGCCCCCAGCUGCUCUGCGUACACCUACGCCAGCUGGACCUACCUUAAUGCCUUUGAUCAGACAAAUACAGACCGCCGCUGUCAUGCCAAAUGGGACCACUCAUCCAACUGCUACACUCAUGCCCCAAGCACCUGAAGCUGGUUUGAUCUACACACCUUAUGAGUACCCUUAUACACUGGCCCCAGCUACUUCAAUCCUUGAGUACCCCAUUGAUACAAGUGGUGUAUUAGGUAUGGCUUUCCCCACGAAAGGCUAAGAAUUCAAGAAAGUCUUAAUUGAACACUCACCUGAACCGAAUUUUAACAUUUGCCUAGUUUCUGCAGCCUUGAAAAACAAAAUAUCUAAGAAAGACCUUUGUCUAGCAGUCAGUGGCUUACUUGCACUUUUUUUAAAAAAAAAUUUGCACAUAGAUCAAAUAAAACCUAUGUUAAUCGUUAUUUGAUUUAGCCUCUACCCUAAGCGUAGAAUUCCCAAAUAAGUGUGAAGUGGAAUACUGACUGCUAUGUUUCCUUUACUGAUUGCUUUACUAAUCACUUAAUUCAUGUGGUCCUUAAUUAUUGAAUCUAAGGUUUUAAAAUUGUGUGUGAAAGAUACAAACAUACGCUUUGUUUAAAAAAACAAAAAAUCACAUUUCGUUUUAUAUAAUCAGUAUUAAAAAUGGCAUUAAACAAAACUGUCAAUGAAGCACUUCACUGGAUAUGUGAAUAGUAAAGCUUAACUGGGGUCUGAUGGAUUUCAAGAAAUCUUAUUGUUCAGUUGCAAAUGAAUGGAUAAUGCUAGCCUUCAGUAAUAUGGGUGCCUGCAGACUAUAGUUUGGAGGAUGCCACCCACACUGAAGGGGCAGAACAGGUUAAGGCCAGAGAUGUGAGAUUAAAUAAUUAACCUACACAUUUAUUCCAUGAAACAAAGUUUUAAGCUACUGUGCCUUAACUUGUUGCUUUCUUAAAGGAUUUUUUAGAAAACCAUGAUGUUAAACCCAUUUUGAUGAAACCUGCUGUUAAUUAUGUGUCAACAUGUUUUUAAAUGAUUGUUGUUUUCUAACUUUGUCUUGGUAAUUGCAAUUUAAAUAGGUGCGGUGGCUACUAAAGUAAGAAGGCAUGAUAUGCGGGUCCAUCCUUACCAAAGGAUUGUGACCGCAGACAGAGGUUAGUUUAGUUCUUGUUUUAAGAAAUGCUGUGUCUGUAAAAUUAACUUUGCAACACCGUUCAGUGAUUUUCUAUCUACUAUAAGAGGGCAGAAAACUGGAUACUAAAAAGUGAGUCGGCAUUUACCAGCUUGUUAAAGUAUGCAGAUUGACCUGGUUAUAGUCUGAUUUCCAACUAUUGUGACGUCUCAAACUAUAUACUGCUAGCAUUUUGGCUGCCACUCCUUGUUGGAAUGCAGUUUUCAAUUUGGUGUUGUAAAGUCUAGACUGAUGUGUGCUUAAAUACAAAAGUGGAAUAUUCAUGGCUCUACUGGUAUGAAUUUGAAGACUUUAUUUUUUAAGGGAUACUUUAUCCCUAAUCAAACCCCCUUUACUUUAGUAAGAUAUUUAUCUUUAUAUUUUAUGAGAGUUGUGAGACCUUAAUUAUUAGCUGGUUUGUUUGAAAGUAGAAGUACACAUAGAUUUCAGUAAUGAGGACUAUAGAACAUGUUUGAUGGCAACAUGUUUGAUUGCCAUUGGUCACUUCACCUCUGUUUUCACCUGAACAAAGCCAUAUUUUGGGAUGAUAGUUUGUGAAAAGUGGCCCACAGUUAUACAAAGUAUGGAGGUCACUGUUACUUUUAGGGUUAAUAAAAAUAUCUCAUUUACAUUUAAUGCUAGGGCUUAUGUCUCAUUUAUACGGAGUUCUUGUUAGCUUAGCAACUGUCAUCCCAGGCUGAAGCGCCAGUGAUUGCCUCCCAUGGUUCCCAUAGAUAGGGACACUUUUUGGCCUGAAUGCUGAUGUUUUGUUGCUCAAUCUGACUUAUUGUUUAGGUGUUGUGUUAUUAGAGAGGAGAAUCUCUGGCAUUCAAAUAAAGGCAAUUAAUGUUAUUCACAAGACUAAAAAAUAUACCAAUACACUUUAUUUUUUGAUGUUUUUGAAUUAAAAUGUUUUUGUAGUCUUGCUUUAUCGUUUAGAGUAUGCCACUAGCUGCUAAUUAAAAAUUGUAAAACUUAAAAUGGUUAAAAUAUAGAUACGUUAUGGUGUGAGAAACACGCCAUUUCAUAAGAGUACCUCUGCUUCUCUUGAGAAACGUUAUCUAGUACCUGCUUAACAAUUUACCCUUAGUCAAACUGAAAACAUUUAUAUUAUAGAGUGCUUUUUUCAGUACCAAGGUACUCCUCAGGAGGCCAUGGUAGAUAGCUCACAGAACUCAAUAUGGCAUUAGUUAGCACACAAUAUAUGUAAAUGCCUUACAGAUCUGUGAUAUUUACUUGUUUCUAUGCAAGAUAGAGAGAAUUUAUUGUUUAUUUCCUCCCCAGAAGUUAGUUACUGGCUACACAAAAUGCAGAAAAUUGUCUUGUUAGGUCUGUGGGUUGCAGUUAAAAAUCCACAGUGGGUCAGUGCCCUUUGUCCCACAGCAAAAUGCCCAGGGCACGAGUGAAUUAAAAAAAAUUGGGUGACCUUAUUUUGCAAUGUGGGGUCAUCUUUAGAUAUAAUUUUUGUUAUUUUUGACCAAAAAAUGAAUGAUUCCUUGCAAUCUACAUAUGUUUCCUUUAAGAGCCAUGAAUACAGCAGUGUUAUAUAUUCUACUUUUCUAUUUAAGUAUUCAUGAGUUUAAAAAGCCAGUCAUUUUGAAUAGUUCCUCCUUGCAAUGUUAUCCUACAUAACUGAGUUUGGUAUAACAAUGAAAUUGAAAUAAUUGUUCUAAACUGUAAAUGGUGUUGCACAGAUAUUAAACCUGUGUGUACUGUAAAUGGCCACAGACUUUGCAGAGGACAUAUCACAGGUAUGUCAGUCUUUGUGCAACGAGUGGACUGCAUCUCUGCAUACAAGUUUAAACUGAUAACCUUGUAACAGAUUCACACUGAUGUAAUUUUUGACUCGGUUACAAUUUGUACAUUGUAAUGUACAGUAAAUUGUUAUCAUACAUUUCUACACAUUCUAAUCGUGGGGACUGUAAACCACGUAAAUAUUUAUUGUUUUUUUUAUUUUCUCUGCUUGAUCCCAAGCACUGCUUUCUAAACGUCCCAGUUCUUAAUAAGAACAUAAAGGGGCAUACUUGCAUUUCAGAUGUCCUGGGUGAUUUCCUGCACAUUGUAAGGGAAAUAUGUAUGCAUAAAUCAUAGAUAUAAGCCUUCCCCUUUUUUAUUUCCUGAUGUGAAGUUGACCAAGGCUUUGAAACGUUGGUCUUUAGGACUAAGCUAUCUGUGAAUCUACUGGAUUUCAUUUUACGAAAUGCCACAAUUCUGACUUUGCACUGAAUUUUUCUCACCUUCAUCUCCUCUGCUUUAGUCACAAUGGCAACAGUACAAGUAAAGCAAAUCAAACCUCAGAAUAUAUAGAGUAAAGCUGUUGAAAAAUAAAGUCUUAAAUUACAUAUAUACUACUGUUAAACGGACCAAGUUAGUGAAGGAGAAUGUGAGUGAUUGAGGAAGGAAGAGCUCAAGAACACUGGGAAUAUUAUCUUUCCACUUGAGAACUUUUUAUAUAUAUUUUUUUUGUUUUGUUUUUCUUAAAAGUAAAUAGUAUUUACAGAUGGCGUAAGAAAUAUAAAAAAAAUAUAAAGCAGGAAUGUAUAUGAAACGUCAGAUUUUAUUGUAUUUGCAGAGUAUAGCUUUGAAAAUUUAAGAGGGCUGUUUGUAGUUAUAAAUGCUUUGUUAGCAUAUGUUAGAAAUUUUCCUUUUUUUCAGAUGUACUUCAAACUUUUUGAGUCUAGAGUUUAAAAAGAGGCAGAACUUUUACAGUGUUUACAUAAAACUGCAUUUUAUAAGUGUCCUAUAUGUGUAAAAUAGUAUUUCAACUGGAAAUGCUGUCAGUAGCAAUAUUCUAUAGCCAAUUCUGGUUGAUGUGAUGAUGCCUACUGUGCUAGACCAGCAUUUAGUAUUGCUUUGUAUUAUGAGGCCAAGGUAUUUUGUGUCUGUAAAUAGAAAAUGAGCAAUAAAAUUUAUUGAACAAAAACAA